AUGAAAAAUGUUGAUUUAAUUGUUUUACGCGCAAUCACAACUCAACAAAAACGUUUGAGUUUAAGUAAUAAAAAACUUUAUCAUUUACCAUACAACAUUGAAUUUCUUAACUGGCUUGUAAUAUUAGAUCUACGUUCAAAUAAUUUAUCUGAUCUGCCAAUUCUACCAAAACAUCUACAAUCGAUUAAUUUAGGUCACAACUGGUUUACAACAAUACCUAAUUCUGUACUUGAAUUGACGUCACUCAAAUCAAUCAGUAUGUAUAGCAAUCAACUUCAAUCUAUUCCAAGUACAAUUUUCGAACGGUUGGUUAAUCUUGAAUACAUAAAUUUCAAUCAUAAUUGCAUUGAUGCACUAAAUGACUCAAUAUCCAAUUUAGCCCAUUUGAAAUACUUGUCGAGUUCUCAUAAUAAAUUGACGACACUACCAGAGUCAAUGUGUUCAAUGCUCAACAAAUUAGAAUAUUUAAAUCUAGGUUAUAAUCAUAUUUUGACAUUGCCAUUUAAUUUUGGUCUACUACAAAAUAUGAAAACACUUCUUUUACAUAAGAACUUUUUAACACGAUUACCUGAGACAUUCGGGCAACUGAAAUCACUAACAGUUUUAGACUUAGCUGGUAAUAACUUACAACUUUUACCAUCCAACUUUACACAGUUGAAAUUAAAAGAAUUCUACGCUGAAGCUAAUCCAUUCACACGAAACGAUUUAUUUACUUCAACGUAUAAAGAAAAUGUUUUAACAUUGAAAGAAAUUGUCUUACGAAAAUUAUCCCGUUUAGGAUUUAUUGAUAUUGGUGUUAGCAAUCCUUGGUUAGAAAGUAUUAUAGGAUCAAAACAAUGGCAAACAGCUGGAUUUUGUGCUCUAUGUAAAAACCCAUUUGUAACUUGGUGGUUAGAAAGUGUCCGAUUUGCCAAUCGUAAAGAAUUAAUUAUCUCUAAAAAAUCUCAGUUGAACAAAGCAUCUCCAGAAGUAUUAUAUCCGUUAAGGACUUUAUUUUGCAGUUAUCACUGCUUAAAUUCAAGCGGAAAUUGUUACGAAUUAAGUGUUGGUUAA